UUAUUACAGGGAGGCUUUGUAGUCUUUAAUGCAGCUGACCUUAUUGUCCAAUUUGAUGGCCAGAGUACUCUAUUGGUCAGAAUGAGUCAGCACUAUCAGAACAAAGUCAGUGGGAUGUGUGGGAACUUCAACGGAGAUCCUUCAGAUGAUAAAGUGAAACCGAGUGGCACACUCGCCCAAAAUGACACUGAGUUUGGACACAGCUGGAAGUCACCAAGCAGUCAGCCAGGAUGUGGAUCCACUGAUGAAAUAAAUGAAGAUGGACACUGUCGUUUUUCACAAGAAUACUCUGAACUCUGCAGCAUCAUCACCAACACCAGUGGUCCAUUCAGCGCCUGUCACCUGCACUCUGACCCACAGCCAUUUUUCUCUUCCUGCGUCUAUGAUCUCUGUCUCUACUCUCCAGCCAAUGGCAUGCUGUGUUCUGCAGUUUCAGCCUAUGAGAAAACUUGCACUGUUUUAGGCUUGAACAUCCCAGAGUGGCGCCCUGCUUUACACUGUGCCUUGUCAGAUCCCUGUGAACAGCUGAACUGUGCAGAACAUGAGUGGUGCGGGAAGAAAAAUGGAGAGUACGGCUGCUUCUGCGAUGAGCACCAUCAUAGACCAAACAAUGAGAGCUACGACUCGUCCAUCACCUGUGAAAACAGCUCAGGGACCAUGUCUGUGUCCCGCUGCCAGCUGUUUGAGGCCGGCUUUCACUCCAGUGCUCUCCAUCUUAAAGAUAGCUCCUGCAAUGGAACUGUUCAGAAUGGAAGACUUGUUUUCCACUUUGACAAUGAGGGUCAUCUUUGUGGAACCGUUCUCAGGAGCAAUGGAACCCAUUUCAUGUAUGAGAACACCAUUCAGGGGGAUGUGGAUACUCAUGGAAGUAUCAUAAGCCGUCAGAAGAACGUCCAUUUGCUCUUCUGCUGUUCUUACCCUCUGUCCCAGGCCCUGUCUAUGGAUGUGGGCAUAAACCCUCUGGAGAGUGUAGUGAGGAAGAAGCUUCCAGUUGGUGUUGGUGUGUAUCACAUGAGGAUGACCCCCUAUCAGGACGCAGCCUUCCGCUUCCCCUUCACCUCUAAUACAAACAUAGAAAUGGUGGUAGAUGAAAGGCUUUACAUUGAGGUGCGGACUGAAGGUGUGGAUCAACAACAGAUUUCCACUGUUCUGGACUCAUGUUGGGCGACACCAGUCAACAUUGCAAAAUACCCUGUUCGUUGGGAUCUCAUUGCUGAAGAGUGUCCCAAUCCAGAUGAUGGUACAGUUGAGCUGGUACAGAAUGGCAUCUCCACAGUGGCUCGUUUCUCCUUCAAGAUGUUCACCUUUACCAACUUCUCAUCCAUUUUCAUUCACUGUAAUGUCCACUUGUGUCUGUUGAGACACAACAACUGCACAGCUCAUUGUUAUCCUGGUCACCCCACGCGUUUCAGGAGGGACUUGUCCUAUCAUGACUCUUCAGCCAUCUCAGUUGGACCACUUCAUCUGAACCCACGUAGCUUAGGAAGGAUCCAGAGCAGCAGUGCUCCAGGAUAGAUGACAUCUGUCUUCACCCUGAUCAUUGUUUUGCUGACUGUCAAAAUUCUGAUCCAAUGAGUUUAAAGAGAGCUGAUGUGUUUACCAGCUCCCUUCUUAAAUGUUCAUUUAGGUUUUUCAUUUGGGUUUGUUUUGCGUUAGCAAUCAGGUGUUAGUAAUAGCCUUGCAUACG